AUGAGCGACACCGCGGCGUUUGAGACGAGCGCCGGAGCCACCGUGUCCGUGGUAAGCUCCCCGAGAACCUUCGCCUUGGCUUUUGCACGCGCGAGCCAUGUGGAACCCCUCGUACGCCUCGAAGAAGUAGGAGUAGGCCGUGCCGUAAUCCUUCUCGCUGAGGCACACCAACCCGCUGAGCAGGUCUAUUUCCGCGUUGACGUACGUCGGCGUGUUGAUGUUGGACGCGAUGUUCUUGGCGUUGCUGAGUGCGAUCUUCAUGCGCACGACGUUGCGCACAAGCAGGCAUGCCUUUGCCUGCACCAGGUAUAUGUCCAGCAGCAGCGGCUUGUCCUCGAGCGCCUUAACCUCCUGCUGCAGCCGAUCGAGUGUGCUAAGGGCAGCGGAGUAGUUCCUCCGUAG